AUGGUGGACGACCACACCUUCACCGAGCUCCUGGGGCUUCUUCAGGACCAGAAACCCGAAGUGCGACGCUUCGCCGCCGAGACCGUGCUCAGUCAGACCGAGGACCCCGACUUCCUGGACUUCUGCAAGCGGGAACCGCGGAGGUGCGCUCGCCCGCUGCUGCGCCUGGCGGAGAAGGCCGAGCAGGACAGUGCGGAAGCUGCGGCAGCGGCCGGGGGCUACAGCAGCGGACAAGAGAAGAGUGAGAAAGUGGCGGCCAUCCAGGCCGCCUCGAACCUCGCCGCUGGCGUCCAUGCGCUGAAGUGCUUGGUGAACCUCUCGGCAGUGCCGGCGGUCGCCGAGGAGCUGGUCUCCUUGAACGCGCCAAAGCGGCUGACUGAAGCCUUACGUGCAGGGUGGUUGGAGGGACGAGCACAGAUGGCCCACUGGUACUCCAUGCUCUUGGCCAAUGUCUCCACCUGCAAGAAGGGUCAGGAGGCACUCUGCGCGGACGAGGGCAUGUUGAAGUUUCUCGUGGCCGCCUAUCUCACGACACCUCGAUUGCCCGCACGCGAUGGCUAUGAGGAUCCUUUGCUCUGGCUUGGUGCCGUCUUGGUGAAUGUCCUGGUGCUGCCCGAAGGCCGCAAGCUCUUGGCCAUCGGGAAGAGCCAGGAGUUGGAGAUGCUCUUCGGUGAGAUGUCCGACCGGAGCCGGCGCGCGGACAUGGUGAAUGCCGCCAAGAAUGUAUGUUUAGACAUGGACUGCCAUGAGGCGCUCGUAGCUACUGACCUGAUGCUACAUAUGGCAAGGUUCCUUUGUCCUUGGGACACCAUGGACACGGAGCAUCGCUCCGCUCUGCCGAGCGUUUUGCGCGAGUCUUUGGAGAAGGAGGGUGCAGCCCUCACAGGUGCUGGCAACAACGAUCCGCAGUUUGCAGUGGACGUGGGUUUGGAGAUUGUGGGAGGAGAUGAGACCACGAAUUUGGUCACGCUUCAGGAUGGAUCCACACGACUGCAGCUUCAGAUGAUGGGCGGUCAAUACUCCACGGCGAAGAUUUCCAGAGGCAAUCUGCUGAGUAUUUGGCUGGAGCCGUUGACCGCCUGGCAAUUGCCCACCAGCUGUGGGGAUCGCACCGAUCUCAGUGUCGAAGCCGGGAGCAUGCGGAUCCACUGCUUCGUGAUCUUUGGCACCUUUCGCCGCUGUGGGGAAGUGGUGAACUGUGCCGGGAAGCCGGUGGUUCCCUUCGCCACGCAGAUUCCCUGGAUUGAAGUUGAGAUGCCGCCGAACAUGAACGAUCUCUUUGGGCCUUUGAUCUAUGAGAUGGACAUCUACAGCCUCAAGUUGCCCUCAUCCGGUGCUUUGCCACACCGGCUCAUGGUGCAAAUCAUGAAGGAUGAUUCCACGAAGCCCCACUUCAGGGUGGCCACCGGGCGUUUCUACAACGCGCCAACGCGAGAGUUCGCCACCAUUGGGAGAGUACUCACGAGUCCACAGAAUGGCCUGGAGCCCUUUGAGGGAGUUCCGACCCAUGUGCUCUACGUCAUGUUGCAGCUGGCGGUACCUCUCCGUGGUUUCGAUCGCACUCAGCCACCACCAAACGUGCGGCCGGACUCCUCCUUUGUGAUCCAAGCGCCGCCGGGCUUUCGGAUGCUGGAAGCUGUCCCGGUGAUUCACGAAGGCAGUGGUCUCGGAAAGGUCACACUCUCCGACGAAGGCGAUGCAGUCUCUCGCCUCAACGAGACGCGGCAACCCGCGCCCACGGGCUUUGGCACGCCAGAUCUCAGCGGAUGGAGUUUCUUGGGUCGAGAGGCAACCUAUAAGCUCUUGGACCGGAGUUUGAUCCCUGCCAUGACCUCACUGGUGAUGGGUCUUCGAGUUUACCCUGGAAACACAAGCCUGCCCAUCACCAACACGCUGAACCUUUGGUCAGUGCAGGUCUUUUCUCCUGGAGAUCACAAUGACACUGUGGUGAACUUCAGCGCCAAGUUCUACCGGACGGGCCUGGGCGGCGUGCCGGUGUUGGGGCGCUUGCAAAACGCUCUGAUCCAACCAGUCGACCCAAUGGUCUCCAGCGCGGUUCCCAUCAUCCAACCGUUGUCCAUCUUCUUCCGCGCGGUGGAGGAUGUCCCGGCCGGCGGGUCGGUCGACGUGGAGGCGCCUUUUUUUGGCGUCGACGCGGAACCGACGGACGUCACGAGUCGGUCGGAAGCGAACGGUGUUCUGGUGCUUUCAGGGUUGUCAGGUUGGGGAAGGACCAAGCAGGGCAACAAACUGGGUGCCCAAUCUGCAGGUGAGCAGGCCAAGUGA